ACACCACCUGAAGGAUCUGUUCGUCGCGCCCAGCUUCGACGAAUUAGACUCAGUCGCUGUAGACAGCAAGGGUGAACCAAGGAGGUUGACCAAAAAGCAGCUGGAAAGCAUCAGCAAACGAGGGUAGCAGUAGUAUCAGAUUCGUAAGCUCUCAUGUUAGGGACGUCUUUAAGCCUGCAGUUGCGAUACUCAUCGACCAAGUGCGAAUUGGAUUCAGUUUUUUGAAGCAGUACUAUCCAAGACUUGUAGUCACUAGUGAAAUUGGAGUUAUAACUUAGAAAAUGAUUUAAUUUAAGAUUUAUGGUUUCACAUGUUUUCUGCUUAGAUUUUGUAUUUAGAUUUAGUCAGGGAACGUAUUGUAAAUAAAAGAGUAAAUAACGCAUAUUAUACGUAAGAAAACACAAAGGAUUUCCAGUCUUUUAUGAAUCACAUAGUAGAUAAAAUAGUAUUUAAGAAAUAAAAAUAAUCAACUACACACACGCGCGCUCGCUUUAGUAUUGGACAGUACUGAUUUAAAAAAUCAUUGUUAUUGCAACUUAAGGAUUAAUGACGUUUAUACUUAAAUUGAAUAUGCUUCGAAACACAAUAUCGUAGCGAUUGUAUUCCUUAGAAUUAGAUAUUAGCGACUUUUCUGCGCACAGUAUAAACAUCGCGAGUACUUACUAACAGAUACUUGUUUUUAAGGCUUGAAUGAAGCUCUCACUGAUGCUAGUUUUUUCUAGGAUGCAAGGAAUAUACGUAUAUAACAUAUAUAAUUUCAGGAAAUACAUAAAUGUUUAGAGAACGUCAUGUGUAUAAACGUCAUAUGAGUUUAUCGCCUACGCAAAUUUAAAAACAAGAACAAAAGAGGAAUUUGUGAUAAUUGAAUUCCCUUGCAAAACCUUAAAGGAAUCUUAUUUUUUAACUAUUCAAAUAGUCAGCCUUAAUGUAUAUCACUUCGUUUUGAUAAUAUAAGAAUAGUGAGCGAACCAAACCCAAAUGGUGCCUCGUUUUCGUAAGGAUGUGUAAAACCAAACAGCCACUCGUUUGUGUCUGAUAUUUUCUAACAAUUUUUGUAAAGCUUUCAGAAGGAGAAGUACGGAAAACCGAAGAAGCUGAAUGCCACUCAAUUGGAGAGCAUUCGAAGAUGCGGGUAUGUCAUACACCAGCGUCACACAAUAUUCAAAGCUGACCGAAACAAUGAUCGUUACCCUGUGCAAUGAUUUUGGAGACUGGAAUCACUCAUCUCUCACGAUCAUCUUUUUUUUUCUUUUUUAACGAAGAAGUUAUAUCUCUAAAAACCCAAAAUCUGUGUAAAUGCCACCACAAAACAGCAUGGUCUUCACCUGAAAUUCACCCUGACAACAAUUGGCGAUUAAUUAAUCAAUCGAUUUGCAUCGGACAGAGAUCAAAUACAUAAAACGAGGGAUUGCCAAGUGCACGAAUUCACUGAAAAGAAAGAUUUAUAUCUGGUCUAUGUGUGGAGGGAUUUCGUAGAGAUAACACAGCUUAUAACAAAUAAUACUUAGGCAAUCACGGCAUGAUGUAAAUCCUAGCUGUUAAAACACAAUUAAUAUACGGUGUAGGUUGUGUUUUUUUAUUUUUAGAGCGUUUAAUGUGUGCUUGUAUUAUAGCGAACAAUUCUUAUCACUAGCUUUAGCUCCACGAAUAAGGAGUGGAGAGUAUAAGGUUCUUCUGUUUUAGUUAUUCACUAAUUAGAAACGCUGCAACAAUGUAAAAAUUUUGUACAUAUUCCAGGAUAUGUUUGUUCUCUAUGGAAUUCGAGGUAGACUCGAUCAAUUUCGCUGGGCAGACGCACCGAUGGAGAUUGAGCGGACUUCUUCAGCGUGGACGAGACAGAAGACGAGAUGCAUUGCUUCGGGAUCUCGCUUUGGCAACUAGAUUCCUUGUAGUUACGGCGAAAGCCAGGCUGGUCUCCCAUUGCUUCAGUGUUUCGCAAUCUUUGAAAGCUUUACUAACAGGGCUGUUACGGCUUCUUGAUAUUAUAAUUGGCGUACCAUCGCUUCAAGCACAUAAUUUGGAUGCUAAAAUCAGGGAGGAGCGAUGUCGGUACUUGGUUGCCGAAUUAGUGUGCAGGCCUGAAUAUGAAGAUUCUCUGGAACUUCUAUGUGGUUUUGUACGAAAACAGCUUCGGAGAGCGACGAUGGAGAAAUUCGAAGUGGAAAGAGAAUUAUCACAACUAUUACCUAUCCCCGUUCCUUUCGUAUUUGGAACACCCGCUGGAGCAGUGGUUGAUCUUAGAUUAUUUAGCAGAGACAUCAUCAGAAAAGCUUUACCGAUUUUAGUUGCUAUUUUGGAGAGAGAAACACGAGGCUGGUUUCUUCAUUUCAGAGAAAGACUGAUUUCUGAGUUGAGAGCGCGGAAAAAGCCGGAUGAAGAGAUAGAAAGAGAAGUCAACGAAGCUGUUAUGCGAGAAUAUUUGCAACGAGUGUUCUCUAACAUCUUAUCGCAUCCAGACAUACUCGAUCUCGGUAACGGAAUAGCUCAACUAUUGGUUCAGCAAGCACAGUCGGUCGUAUUAAUGCAUCGAGCAGUGAAAAAUGUGCAGCGUAAACUAUUGCAAACAAAAGAAGCGUUGAAAUGCCAUAUAGAAAACGAACAUCCAGUUUUGUCGCGAAUAGAACCAUGGAUGCGCGAUAGAAUGAGAGAAGUUGAGGAGAAGUUCAUCGAAGAGUGCGAAUGGAGCGCACACGAAGAAGCUCUCACAUUGUGCACUCAUCAAAAUUUACAGCAGACAGUUUACUUUCUUAAUCGUGAUUUAACAUUUAUGAAAGAGCGUGAACCAGUCCUGUUGAAAGAAUUGCGCAAAGUUAAAACACCCACGAGGAGCUUCCAAUGGCCGACACAGAUAUGGCUUCCAAAAAAUUGGAUUAUCAGACGCAAUUUUCAAGGCCAGUCUGAAAUCAUACCAACGGUACUGAGCAAUACUCCGACAUCUAUCACGACACCUCGCGCAGAUCCAAGUCAACCUGUCUUUUUAGUUGAAAGGGAGAUUGUACACACAACUACAACAAGAUGGCCUAUGUGGCGUUGGAUUAAUUACGUAGCCAGGACGUGGUGUUGGACUUGGAAUGCAAUGUUUCUAUUAGGCGUGGCAGUGCCGUGGUGUAGUCCAGUCUCCAUACGAGCUUUGCUACUCGUACAACCUUUUACUCCCGAUCUAGAAUUGAGUCAAUUGAAUGGAACCUUGUUUCCUAGAAAGUCGUCUCAAAUGCCCACUCUUUGUUCUCGGUUGAUAGCACUUUGGAGACAUAUUAGUAAAAGUCGGACACAUUUUGAAACAGAACCGGACACUGGAUUUAUUGGAAAAGGAAUGACAAGGCAUUUAAAUAGAUUAUGGAACUAUGGUGUUAAAGGUCUUCUAGGAACACUUAUUAUAUUAUUUGUAUUUCCUGUCGUCUGUAUAGUCACGAGUUUAGGAUCGCUUCUUAUUGCACUUACUGCAGUUUUAUGGAUGCCUUUAAUUACCUUAGCGUUGCAUGCAUUCAUGGCACUCAUAAUGGAUUUGGAUAGUCCAGAACCAAGUAGAAAUCGAUAUUUGGUCAUCAUGGAAGCAUUAGUUUGGAAUAUCGGUACACAAGGUUGUCUACAACCAAUCGCGGCGUUAAUUGUAGCUCUUGUUUUGUGUCCUAUUAUUUCUUUUGUGAUACUUACAGUUGCUGUGAUACGUUACUGGAUUAGAGUGGUCUGGGACACGACUAUGUUCCAUUUAGUAAUAAAGAACAGGGGUCGUAUACCGGCCAGUGAUAGUUUUGUGGUUAAAAGAAUAGCUGGACCAGGACUAACUUCUGAUUAUUAUUAUCAAAUUAGGCCUGAACAAGCUUUAGCUGCAUUCGAGGCAAAACUAGAGUUAGACGAAUUGUUAGCUUUCCAACAAGAAACAGAACGAUUAAUUACACAACCCCAGAGGGAUUUCACUCAAUUUGUAGAAGCUUGUUUUGGCCCGUUUGCUGCUAGCCUUGCCAAAACAAAAGAUCCGUACAAAUCGUUAGAAAAGGAAGCCAAAGAUCUGAUCGCCGUAUUACACGAAAAAUUAGACAGACGUAGAAAAAAUUUGCAGACUGGUCUUGGAAUGGUCGUAAGAAGUAAAAUAAAACUUACUACCUUUGAUCUAAAGGUGGUAAUACAACAAGGGGCACUUAUGUUAGAACGCCUUUAUCCCAGUCAUGUGUUCGCGAGAUUAUCAGGGAACGAAGAGGAUUUCUGGGAGAACAAAGGUUUAAGCGUCGGUGACUGGGCUGGUUUAGCUGGCCUCAUGUACGCAGAUAUUUUCAGUUUAAAUUUCCUUCAACCUCUCGAUGACGCAGAUACGAAAUUCAGGCUAGAACCUCAUCCUGGAGUCGAUUUAUCGCGUUACACAGAUAUGGUUCAUAGCACUGAAAUCGGCGGAACUAAUGGGCCGGAUUUGCUCGGCGCAGUUUAUGCACCACGUGGAAAUAUACAAGUGUACAGUCCGUACCUAGAAGUCUCAGCUUUUAACCCACGCGCUAAACAGACUAGUAAUAGCAGGAAAUCAGAUAAGCGAUGUGAUACUGGAGGACUUUUAACAUCGACAAAAAUUAGAAGACGCACAACGUCCACGAAUGGUACAACAGAGACACGCUGGCAGCCGUGGAAGCGGCAAAUUCGUCCUUACAGUGCAGAAAAGUUGCUUAUUCCACUUCCUAUUCCGCAUCCAGCACACAUAGCGGUUACCAUUCAUAAUCGCGAUUCCGAAAAUCCAAUUCCCCUCGAUUCGGAACUUUGUCAGAAUAUAUUGAAAGCAAUUGAAGAGUCGCCCGGUGAAAUGUCCACCGAAUAUGUUAGUCGUUACAGAGGGGCUGCAGAUUCUAGUUUCGAUUCGGUAGCUUCACAUUCUUCGGUUUCUAUUGAAACUGGCUUAGACAAAGAUAACGAUACUCAGGGAACGACAAACACCGAUAAAGAGGGCGAAACUUAUCAUUGGACGCUGUCGAAUUGGGGUGGUGGUAUGACUAGGAGAAGAAACAAUUCUGGAUCUAUAAAGGUCGAUCUUGCAUCUCCCGAAGACGUUACUCUGGACACAGAUACCACCAGAGUGAUGUUCAGUACGUACGGAACAACUGUUUGAACUGAGUUUACUGUUACGCCAAGUAAAUAUACUAUAUAUAAUAGGUGCAAGUAGAAACAAAUAAGUGUAACUAUGCAAAAGUCAGUUUAGACAUAGAUCUUCUGUUUAUACAAUUUUUUUAAAAACCCUGCAUUUACUCGUUUCAUUUUUAUUACAUUGAGGUUGAUUAAAUAAAAUUGUUCUUCGUCGAAAAAAGAGAAAUUUUAAUUAAAAUGCACGAAAUGAACUUUACUUAAAAAAAGACGAACGUUGGAAACCGCUAAUUCGAAAGUUUAUUAUUAUAGAUUCAGUUGCAUUUGAAUAUGUAAUUUGAGAGCCAAGACUAGAAAACAUUUUUUUAAUUAGAAUAACGUCUUAUAAUUCCAAUAAGCCUCGUUUUAAAAUCCAUCAGGAUGUGUAUAAAAAUACAUACAAAAUUUCAGAAAUGGUAUAUAUACGUGCCUGUUGUAGCACAUUAUCAAAAUCAUUUUAUCUUAAUAUUUCGCGGAUCAAAAUCAAACAUAGGAAAAAUAAACGCUCUAAACAUUCGAGAAAAAUGUUUUGUAGAAUUUACAUUAACAUAUACAUAUUAUUAUGUAUAAUUAUCAGCAUACCAAUAUCACUUUCAUUGCAACAACAGAACAUCAUCUUCUGUGCCUAAUCAGAUAUCUUAUAAAUCCAUCUAAAUUAGUACUCGAUUAAUUUAAUUAAUCAGUGGUCACUAUUAAAAGUAUUAAUUUCUAUUAAAACUUAAGUGAACCGUCAUGGUUGAUAAUAUAAUAAGUAUAUAGAAUGUGCUCAUCUGCAAAGUCUGGGAUGUCAUUACAGAUUCAUAAUUUUUAUGUAUACAGGUUUUAAGCAGAGUCAGAUAAUUAGAAUAUUAGCGUAUGAAUGGCCAGUGCCGUUAAAAACAAACCUCUUUAAAUCUAUGUUAAAGAAGUUAUACAACAUUCUUAUUGACAUAUUGUAUAUAGAUAGUUAAUUGUAUAAAUAAACUUGUUAAUGUAAUAAUAAUUAAAAUACAUUUUCUUGUUAUUCACGCUAAAGGCCAUUCAAAGGAAUACAUAAAAGUUUGCUCUCUUUCGAUAUUUACAUAAUUCAUGUGAGAUAAUAUCAUAGGAUUAUUUCAUUAUAAACUGUUUAUAAAAUAUCAAGCUGCCAGUAUAUCGCUUAAUCUGACAGUAAAACAGUUCGAAACAGUUACAAUUUAUUUACACUAUUCUUUCCUAAGAAUAUACAAGCACAAUUUAAAGAAUUCUGUAUUUUUUAAUUAGGAUUAUUCAGUAUUAAAAAUUACUAAUUGAAUCUUACACAUGAUAACUAAUGAUGUAUAUUUAUUUAUUUUGAACAAAUCUUAUAAUACCUGUAAACUUUUUUAAAUAUCUUCUUUUACUAUACCUUUUUUUUUGUUGAUUUUAAUAAUAAUGUGUACAUAAGUUGAUUUUAUUAUAUGUUAUAAUAAAUGAUACUAGUGUAAUAUUUAUAUUCAGCUAUAAUCAUACAAUAUGGAAUAUGUAAUUCUUGUCUUCUAUUGUAUUUGAGUGUAUCAAGACAUAUUAUGGAAAUCAGAAUUUUCAGUGAUAACGAAGAAAGAUAUUAUACAAUCUUAAUAUUCAGAUAUAUUAAUUAAAAUAUGUAAAUUCGAUAUCGCACAAUGUAAAAUGUAUUAACCAUAAUAACACUGCAACACACUACAAAAAGUUGUUCAUAUUUAGAUUAUAACAUUUUAGGAUUGUAUCUCAAUAAGAUUGGAUGAAGGAAGCAUAUAAUUUUAAAUAUUUCAUUUUACUGAUAUUCAAAUAUAUUUAAAUAUUGUCUGUGUUAAAGAAAAAAAAUGCAUUUUACAGAAUGCAAUUGAUUAGAACCUUAAUGAAUACUCACUAAAAUCCGAUAAAGAUACUUAUAAUAGAUAUUUAUCUGUAGAUGUUGUAAACCAUAGAAAUAUUAAGAAAUAACGAUUAUACAAUCUUUUGACCAGUUUUUAUUUGUUGUCAAACUGAAUUAAGUAAUAGUUAAGAGACUAAGCGCUCCAUUUUUAAAGAAGGCACGUUUUUAAGAUUGCCUUGGAUUUUAGUACUAUAAUGCGCAAGUCCAUCCAAAGAAAAACAUCCAAUGAGGAAUACUGUCAUGAUUUUUAACGACUAUACAGUUAAUUAAUAAUUGCAUAAUAUCCAUCCAAGGAGUGUUCAAAAUUAGUAAGAACCUAAAUACGUCUGAUGGCAAACAGAAUAAUGCAAUAUAUAAAAAUAAGGAACCUAUUUUAAUGAAAAUAUAUGUGUAUGUAACAUUCUUUGUUGCAAAAAUUGAUACAGCAUAACAUGGAGAAAACUUCCUUAAAUAUUAAUUUGCUAUAUUAGCUUCAGUUAAUUACACAUAUUUAUCUGUUACUUCAGAAACAUUAUUUUAUACGAUAUGAAUAAAACUGUACAACAUAAUGAUUGAACUAGCUAAUUCUCUGAAACACAAUUUCUAGGGAAACUAGUAAUAAUUUCUUCUAUCAAAUGCACUUAUCAAUAGCAAUACAAAACUAAAUCUGUUGUACAUUAUGAAAAUUCCAAUUUGAAUAUUUCAAAGAAUUAUUCAGGGAUAAUUUCAAAGAAGGAAAUCAGAAUAGAAUACUCAAAUAAUUAUUUCUUAUUGGGAAGGAAAUAAGAAAUGCGUAAAUGAAUGAAAAUCGGUAGUACUACGUAUUAUAAUAGAUUUAAAAAAGAAUUGUAGGAAACGUUGUAUCAUGAAUGUAGCAUUAAUCAAACAUGCGUACGUACAAACCAAAUGUGUAUUAUUUUCAUAUAUUGUAAAGGUAUUAUAUUUUUAUCAGUCUAACGAAUGGUUCACAUUUAGUUUGUGUCUAGGUAUGUUAGUGUACUACAAGACUUUAUUUAAGUAUGUAGCGGACAAGAACGUAAUUGUACAAAGUCAAAUAAGUUAUGAACGAUAAAUUAAAAAAAAGAAAAUACAUUUGCAAUAUUAUAUCGGAACCAAUAACGAAACUUGAAAUCGUAUCUAAGUAUAAUAAAUUUACGUAGAAAUUAAAAAUUUUACGUAGGUAGAUUAUAACUGCGAAACAUUUACUAUUUAUAGUUAUUAUUAUACUAUUGCUCGUGUUUGCUAUAUAUAUAUUUUCAUUUUGAAUUCCUAUUCGAAUGUAAAGUUGUACAAAACUAUGAUUGCGUAUAUCAUAAUUGCAUAAUGUAACAUAUUAGCAAUAUUUAUUGACGAUUUAUUAAAAAAUUUUACUUA